AUGGCCUCCUCACCGUUAGCUUUGGCCCAAUCUCAUUGUUGGUCCGAGCUUCCUCUAGACCUCAAGCAAACGGUUUUCGAACGCCUUGGCUUUACCGAUUUCGAACGAGCUAAAUCGGUUUGUUCAUCAUGGCAAUCCGGCUCGAGACAAUCUCAGCCAAACAAUCAGAUCCCUUGGAUACUUCUGUUCCCCGUGGACAAGAACCACUGUCUCUUGCUCAAUCCUCAAGACAAAGAAAAGGUGUACAAAACUCAACAUCUCGGCGACCACUUUGGAAAUAGCUUUUGUUGCAAGACUUAUAGAAGCUGGCUUUUGAUGCAAACUUGUUAUAGAGGCUGGGAAAACAACCAUACCUAUAUUUUAAAUGUUCUAACGCACGAGAGGAUCAAUCUACCCACUACCAAAACACUCUUCACUCCUCAGCUGCUAUGGAUAGACGAGAAAACCAAAGAUUAUCUUGUUAUAGGCAAUGUUGACGACGAAAACUUGAUUUCUUUCAAGAAAGGAGAUAGCUCGUGGAGAGAAAUCCUCCUGUUUCCAGAUAUUGGGGAUCGGCGUAUGAGAUGUCAUGAAACAAUCCCACAGCUGGUAUACAAAGAUGACAAGGUUGUUUGUCUCAACUUUGACAAACUCCAUGUUUUCGAUUUCUCUAGAGAUGUUCCGGUGCUGGUUUUCACAGCUUGCGUAAAGGAAUGCGUGAAAAGACAAAUAGUUUAUUGCAUGAAAAUUCCACCCGAGGACGACGUUCACAGGAGGAAUAAUGUGGUAGUCACUCUAGGAGGAGAUAUCUUGAUUGUUACGAGAGAACUUCCGCGACGGUCCAUUACAUGGAACUUUAAUAUCUUCAAGAUGACUGCUGGUUAUUCAUCCAAGUGGGAGGAAGUUUUUACUUUGGGAGAUGAGGCAAUUCUCUUGGAGUUGGGUAUAACAGUGCUCGCUAAGGACCUGGAAGGAAUCACUAGUAACUCCAUCUACUUCUGUGAAGACCUUCAUUGGGAAUUGGAUUACGAAAAUGAUUUGUACAUAUACAAUCUCGAUACAAAGAUGGUUGAACAACCACAACGAUUUGUUUCUUCCUCCGAUCCGUUCUCUAAUGCUUGUUGGUUCUUGCCAAGUUUCAAACGGGGAUGA